UUGGGGGGUCUCCAGCUCUGCCUGUGUCACAUGGAAGCACAGUAGCUGAGCCGAGGGGACGCGAGUACAGAUGGAGGGGGCUUGAGGGACUGUGGAGGAGAAACCUGGCACUUGGAGAUAAUACUGGAGAUACAGCGGCGGCGGCGGGCGGCAGCAGCAGCAGAUAGUUCAGGUCAGACACCUUCCCAGCCUCCCUUCUGGCUGGGGAGCAAGAGGAGCGCGGACAGGGCGCACAAGCGGGUCAGCGGGCAGCCUUCAGAGGAUGUCACAUGCAAUAUGCUGCAUUCGUGUUUUCUGAAGCCCAAGAAAGCCAAACUAUCGCCUGUGAUUGAUUAUGCUCGCGGAGAGCGCCUGGUCCGAGCGGAAGCAAGAAGGAAGCGACCAGGGGUUGACGCUGCGCCUCCCAAAAUCUCUGAGCUGAAUCCCAGUGAGACCGUGGCACUUCUCUGCGUGCAUGAGUUGUAAGGGUGUGAGUGUGAGUGUGUGAGAGCAAGUGAGCGCCAGCGCUCCCACAUGGCCUCCAUGCAGGACGGGCUGAACUUCACGGCUCCUCCCUACGGCAAGGUCCUGCUGCUGGGUGCUAUCGCUGCUGCCUCAGCCUUUGUUGUCACGAUCCUCAUAGUGGUGCUCUGCGUGGGCUGCCAGAGGAAGGGGAAGACACACAAUGUUCCCGGCGAGGGCGGAAAACACCGUCUCAUGGACAUGGGUAUACUCAGGCAGUCGAAGCUGCGGUCCAUCAGUAAAUCAGACACUGAGAUGAACAAGAUGAACUGCAAUGGGAAAAGCAGGCAGCUUCCCCAGAUCCCUUCUGGGACUGGAGAGGACGGAGAGCACACUUACUCAGAAGUUGGCAGAAGUUCUUCCACCACACGUACUGAUGAUGCCCUCUACGCCAUGGUAGGCAGGGCCGGGCAGACGGACACUCCGGCCCCUCCGGCCGUCCCUGCCAACACCCCGGCGCCCCCAGACCCAGACGGGGACGUGGAAGGAGGGCUGCCCGAACCCGAGGCCCAGGUCAUGUCUCCCCCUCAUCCACCGGAGACGGCCGAGUACGCUUGCGUCAGGAAGCUGAGAAAGGCCGACAAGGCGCCCCAAAAGAGAGACAGCGGGACAGAUAUGGGGGAGCCGCCGGCACCGCCUCCACGACACGCCCCGCCGACACAUCCCGCCCCUCCUCCACCACACCCUCACAGCACAAAGUUGCCCCGUAGAAACAUGGAUGCCUUCAAUGUCCCUUCAUUCCCAAAGGUUGGUAUGUUGGAAGUGAUGUUUAUGGGUAAUGGAGAGCAGUACAUCUGGAAGCCUCCAGAGGAUGAGGAGAUGCUCAUGCACCAAAAUAAAGCCCUGGGACCGCUGGGUGCUCACACAGUGGAGAAUAUACAACCGUCUGCUGCUGUGGUGGCUGAGAUGUACUCGAAGGUGUGUAAACCUGGAAAGAAGAAGAGAGCUGUGCCGGGGUCUCCCCCAGCCAAUCCUGGCUUCCGGACCUUGGGUCGUGGAGACCGGGACCGGGACCGGGACGGGGGUUUUAGCGUAGUGGUCAAACCCCAGACGUGGGCGCUUCAGGAGGGCAAAGCAGUUGGAGGGCCCCUUGACGACCACUGCUACGAGUCCAUCGGGACAGAGGAGUGCGAUCCGGCCUAUGAGAACCUGGAAGGUGGAGGCGCCUGGAAGCGAGAGAGGCCCCCCAACACGUGUGCCACCCUGCGGCCAAGGAGGAAGAAAGCCCAGCAGCCCUUGCAGCAGCAGCAGCCCCCUCCACCGCCGCCGACGCAGCAGACCCCCAAGUUACAGCACCUGCCCGCCAAAGCCCUGCUGCUGCCGGGGGAGAACCUGUACGAGAGCAUCGGCGACCUGAAGCAGGGCUCCGCCACCUCCAGCACCACCACCAUCUUCACUUUCAACGACGGCAUGGAGAUGUAUGUAACAGGGCUUUGAGGCGGCGGCUGCACUGUGACCCCUAUCCUUCCAACACAAGGAGCUGAGCUUACACCACAAGGAGUGACGGCUGAGCCCCUGUCAUGCUCACCCACACAUACUGUUUACAUUCAAGUCAUAACAUCAUGCCUUUCACGGCCUACGGAGGCCUUGGGGCAAUACUGUUGAUCUGUUAUGACCUGGGCUGAAUACAAAGUCCAAUCUACAAACCUUAUAAGGAAUCCAAAGGUAGUGAAUAAUAAAUGAGCACAAGACCAUUGCAGAGCAAUCUGUAGGUAACAGUAGCACUUCUAUUUUACUGAUACAUAUGUGCCAAGCACAAUAAAAGUAAAAGCCUAAAUUCUUCCUCAAUUCUAGCGGGUAAAAAUAGUUGUUUGACUGGUCCUAGCAGGACUUCUAUUUAGGGAAAAGGCACAGCAUUGUGUGAAUCUUUCGGUAGCACUUAGUCUGUCAUGAACAGGCCUUCCCUGUAGUUGGUCAAGAUAUGAUUCAGGACGGGAUUUAAAAGAUAUAAAGGAAUGAAUUACUAAUCAAAAUACUUGAAAGCUCAGGGACCAAGAGAAUCAAUUAUGAGAGUAUUAUAACAAAAGAUUGCACACAUUUUGCAUUCCUCCUAAAAGCUUCGACUAAUUUAAACCAUUCAUCGUGUUUAAAAACCGACCGGAUACUUCCCUCCGUCAUGUUUUGUUUCAUCUUACAUGGACUGAACACUGUCUCCACUGCCGUCUGUAAAUGAAGUGUUUUACUUUGUUGAUCCUGUUUCUGCACUUUGCCUGCUACAAGUUGCAUGCUAAAAAAAAGUGAAAAAAAACCCAACAAAAAAUCAAGCACUGUCAUGUGGUACCUCUAUAUGAAUGUUUUUUUUUCUAUUGUCGUUGGUUGUUUUUUUUUGUUUUCUUUGUUUUUUUUAGUGUGUUGCUUUAUUUCUCUGUAGAGCACAAAGCCAGUUAGAUUAAGGAUGUGUUUGGCUCAGUGGGACUCUGUGCAGCAGAGAGGAGAGUUAAUUUUUCUCUCAUCCUUUGCCUGCCACACACACACAGUACAGAUGAAAACGAGACUAAAGAGAACUGCUCGAGUCCUAAAGGUGGAGACAGUCCACUCAAACCCCCCCUCCCCUCCCCUCCCACACACACACACACACACACACACACACACACACACACACACCCCUCUCUGCUCAGUCCUCACUCAUAUCUGUGGACCGUUCAUCUACAUAGUCCCUGCCUUGUGGUCAUAUGAAACGUCUUGGGUUUCACCAUAGUGCAGCUUGGAAAGCUACAGUAGAACUGAUGUGUAUUAGCAAACGUCAUGUCUCAUCGUCACUCCAUCGAUGAACACUCUCUCUCUUUCUCUCUCUCUCUCUCUCUCUUUCUCUCUCUGUUAUCAGUGUUAAAAAUAUUGCAGAAAUGACAAAAAUGUGAAGCAAAUGGUUUUCGCUAAAAGCAGCAGAGCAUCACCCCGAGGAUAACACACAACUCAGAAAUUACAUCCGAAAUCCUGGACAAUAAACGAUGAUUUCAUUUUGACCAAAAUAUCCCCAGCAAACAAUGUGAUUAUACUGUAUGUUGAUGCAAUGUGUAUGUACAUUACAAAAGAGAAAGAAUAAUAAAUAUAUCAUCAGUGUCAAGAAAUCUAUCUUUUUCUAUUAUGUUUAAUUGUGUUUUGGAAUGACUUAUCUUGUGACACAAACUGCAAAAACAGCUGCAAUGUAAAUUUCAGUGUAUUCUGUUUGUUGUUUUUUGAAGCCAUGAAGCUACGGUGUGUUCUUGGAAAGCCCAGCUAAAAGUUAAAUGUGGCAGCUAAUGUUGUGUGUUUGCUAUUCAGACUACAGGGUCUUGUACUCAGAAGCGUGUAAUUAAGUGCUAAGUGCAAAAGAUUGUAAUGUUUUAUAUCAAGAUUACUAUUCAUGAAAUGUCAGUCAAGUUUAUACUUUUGUAAUAAAGUGGCACUUUAAAAAAAAGA